GUUUCGCCACAAGCCACAAGCUUGUUGCAACCGCGCGCGCAUCCAGUGAGGGACAAGCAGAUCCUUGCAUGAGAUGCACCGUCAUCAUCAUCUGACCUGGCCAGACAGACAGACAAACAAGCUAGAAACCUUGAAUAUCCUGGCCAUCUGGCAUAUGAAGGCUAAACCCAGAGCCCCCCCGUGCAACGUGGGGGCGAGAACCAGAGGCAAGAUUGAAAACGAAUGACGGGGGAUCGACAGCGGGGAAAUCGGCCCAUUUUGCCUCGGUCUUUGCCUGGCUUCACAUUAGUGUCCGACUCGACCUCUGCUGCAAACCGGCAAGGGCUCCUGUCGUACCACCAGCUCAUCAGGUCCGUGGGGGUGGCACCUUGUUGAAUGCACUAGCAUUUCCCCCGCAUUUGUCGGUGUUAUAUGGGGUAGAUCUCUCCCCUCCCCACCCUUCCCCAGAUUUCUCUCUCAUCCAUACUUCCAUCCGACAUCAUGGACAAUGACAUUAAGCCUGCUGCUCUUCACAUCGAGGGCUCUGACUCUGCAUCUCCCGACUUUGACCCCGUUCCUCGUCCGCGCAUCCCCCUGACCGAAGAGGAUGGCCAGAGGAUCAAACGCAAAACCGACUGGGCCAUCCUGACCAUCCUGGUAUGGGUGUAUUUCCUGCAGAUUCUGGAUAAGACCGUCCUGGGGUUCGGGGCCACCUACGGUAUGACCGAGGACACGCACCUCACGGGCAACCAGUACUCGCUGAUCGGGUCGAUCGCUCCCAUCGCCCAGCUGGCCUGGCAGCCAUGUUCUUCCUGGCUCAUCGUCAAGGUCCGACCCCGGAUCCUCAUGCCCAGUCUGUGUCUCGGCUGGGGCAUCGCUCAGACCUGCAUGGCCGCCUGCCACAACUUCAGCCAACUCCUCGCGGCGCGAUUCUUUCUUGGACUAUUCGAGGCUGGCUGUCUACCGCUGUUCUCCAUUCUAGUGGCUCGAUGGUAUCGCCGGGCUGAGCAGCCGAUCCGCGUGGCGGCCUUUUACUCCACCAACGGCUGGGCAACCAUCAUCGCAGCUGCGCUGUCCUACGGAUUGAGUCAGAUCAAGUCCGAUGCCUUGAAGGGAUGGCAGAUCAUCUUCCUGUUCGUCGGCCUCCUCACCAUCGUCACCAGCCCGAUCAUCUACUGGCGCCUCGACAACGACAUCGAGACGGCCCGCUUCCUCACCGAGAGCGAGAAGGAACAAGCUGUCGAGCGACUGCGCGCCAAUCAGACCGGCACGGGCACCCGGGAGUACAAGAUGAGCCACCUGGUGGAAGCGGUGCUGGAGCCCAAGACCUACCUGUGGAUCGGGCUGGCGCUGCUCCUCAACAUCGGGGCCUCGGUGACCAACGUCUUCGGCCCGCUGAUCCUGAAGGGGCUGGGGUUCGGGACAGACCAUGUGACGCUGCUGAACAUGCCCUUCGGCGCGGUGCAGGUGAUCAUCAUCCUGCUGGCGAGCUACCUGGCCCAGAAGGCGAGCAUGAAGGGGGUCAUCCUGGCGGCGCUGGUGCUGCCUGUGGUCGCCGGGCUGGCGAUGCUGUAUGCGCUGCCUCGGGAUAGCAGUGCCAACGGGGCGCUCAUGGCGGGCUUCUACCUGCUGGCGUUCUUGUUCGGGGGCAAUCCCUUGAUCGUGGCGUGGAUUGUCUCCAACACCGGUGGCACGACGAAGCAGAGUGUCUGCAUGAGUUUGUUCAAUGCUGCCACCUCGUCGGGCAACAUCAUCGGGCCCUUGCUUUUUGAUGCCAAGGAUGCUCCGACGUAUCGGCCGGGGUUGAAGGCGUGCCUGGGCAUCUUUGUGGCGUUGGUGGGGGUCACGCUGAUGCAGUGGGCGAAUCUGGUGGUGCUGAACCGCAUGCAGGAGAAACGGCGCGUGAAGAAUGGCAAGCCGGCCAAGCUGCAGGAUCUGUCGAUGCGGAGCGGCGCACAGAACGAGGGCGAUGGCGCGCCAGCGACGACGGAGGAGACCGGGCAGCAGGGGCUGAUGGACUUGACGGACCGCGAGAAUGACGAAUUCAUUUAUGUAUACUAG